AAUAAUUUGGUUGAGCGGAUUUCACUCACAAUUUUUGACCUGUUGUAUAGACUUGUCUCAUGAUUUCACUAUCAUAAACGCCUAAAUCUGUGCGCUUUUUAUAGAAAUCAGCUUGACUUCCUUAAAUUAGCUCUCUUAAUGUUUAGCCUCUAGUAAUGUUUAGGGGGUUCAGGACGCUAUCAUAAAUCAAUUCAGUAUGAAAUCAUAAACCAUUCGGAAUCUUCAAAAGCAAAGUUCGCUCUGUGUCGAGAGAAAAUGGUCAAACAUUUUCCUUUGUUCGGUUUAAUUUACAUGGAGGAGUAGAGAAAUAGUUAAAUGGUGAUCAUUUUUCAAAUUGAACUCACUGACUUUUUACUGAAAUUACAAAUUGAGUUUACAAUGUUCAAAUAUCCGGCCUAAUUGAACUCGCAUUACUGAACUUCAUUUAUUACUUUGGUAAACAUUUAUUUUCAAAAAGUAACUUAAAGUCGAGUUAGUUUGAUAAUACUCUACUUUGAAUAGCGAUUUUUGAAAUUUGGGGUUAUGAUUAUUUUCAUUCUUUGGUUAGCUGUGGCAUGCGUAACUUCAGUACGCCCUCUCGCGGCUGAAUGUGAAAACGACCUGCCCGUCAUUGGAAUCUUGUCACAAGCUCUUAAUGAAGACGGGUAUCCUGAUUCGGCCAACUAUAUUGCAUCUAGCUAUGUCAAGUUUGUCGAGAUGUUCGCGGCACAGGUGGUUCCAAUUCUGCCCAACCGCACUGCAGAUUAUUAUGACUACCUCCUCGAGAGACUGAAUGGGAUAUUGUUACCUGGGGGAGAUGUGUCCUUAUACAAUGGCAGCUACCAUGACUUCGCCCUUAGAGCCAUGAACUACUCGGAGACUGUGUUUAACGAGAACGGGGAGAUAUUUCCCAUACUUGGCAUCUGUCUAGGUUUCGAAGAACUGGUCACUUUGGGAGCCGGCCAGAAAGUGAUGAGUCAUACCGACAGUAGCAAACUUCUCUCUCCUAUCGAGAUCUCCUCGUACGGACUCCUCAACAGUCGACUGCUCCAGUGGGCGCCUGGAUGGCUCAUUGAAACGAUGGAAAGUAAGCCGAUAGCCCCUAACUUCCAUGACUUCAGUCUGCUAAGUGAGACGUAUUGGGCCAAUGAGGAGCUGCAAGAGGCGUUUGAAGUUGUGGCUUAUGGGAAAGACAGAGCGGGAUUGAAGUUUGUGUCUCUAGUGGAAGGAAAGAACCUUCCCUUCAUCGGCUACCAGUUUCACCCCGAGAAGAACCUGUUCGAGUGGGCACCCGACUAUUCCUCGGCCCUCGCUCACAACUUCGACGGAGCCUCUGUCUCACAAUACCUUGGGGACUACUUUGUCCAGCAGUCCAGACGCAGCUGUCAGCAGUUCGACUCCCAGCAGGACCUGGAUCAAGUGCUCAUCUACAAUUACAACCAAACUUACUCGCAAAAUCUUUUCUCGGAUUUCCAUUUCACUCAAAUGUACAUUUUUGAUAAAUAAACAAUUAUGGUGAUUAAAGUGUCUGAAUUAGUAGGCUGAUACGCCGUUAGCUCUACAGGGGAUGAGGGUUGUUCCGUGGUCGUGCUGCAGGUUACAUUUAACACUGGGGGGUUUCGGCAUAUUCAUAAGACCAACCAUGAU